UAUCGUAUGGUUACCAUGAAGAUGAUUCAAUGUGCAGGUUGUGACCUGCCUAUACUUGAUCGUUUUUUACUUAACGUAUUGGAUCGUUCAUGGCAUACAAAAUGUGUUCAAUGUUGUGAAUGUAAAUGUAAUUUAACCGAAAAAUGUUUCUCACGUGAUGGCAAAAUUUAUUGCCGUAAUGAUUUUUUCAAACGUUUUGGUACAAAAUGUUCUGGAUGUUCACAAGGAAUAUUACCCACCGAUUUAGUACGUCGUGCACGUAAUAAAGUAUUUCAUAUAAAAUGUUUUACCUGUAUAGUAUGCCGUAAACAAUUAAGUACCGGUGAACAAUUGUAUAUAUUGGAAGAGAAUCGUUUUAUAUGUGAAAAAGAUUAUAUUAAUAAUAGACAUCAUCAUCUGCAUCCGCAUCAACAACAACAACAACCACCACCGCCUACAUUACUUCAUCAUUCUCAUCAUCACCAUAAUCAUCAUCAACAUAUGGUAUCACCAGAUUCAGAUAACGAAGAUGAAACAUUACUUGGCCUUGAUGGCCCAUUACCAUCAUUAAAUAGUCUAAGUCAUGGAUCAUCACAUCAUGCAUUAUCAAGUAAAUCAUCACCAAUGUCAGCAACAUCAUCAAUGUCAGAUUCUGGUAUUGGUUGUACAAAUGGUUCAGCAGCAUCAUUAGGUGGUCUUGGUGAUCCAUCAUCACCAACCGGUGGUCAUCAAUCCGGUUCAGCCAAUAGUAUUGGUAGUGGUAAUGAUGAAAAUCAACCUGGUGGUACAAAACGUCGUGGACCACGUACAACAAUUAAAGCAAAACAAUUGGAAACAUUAAAGGCAGCAUUUCAGGCAACGCCAAAACCAACAAGACAUAUACGUGAACAAUUGGCCAAUGAAACUGGUCUCAAUAUGCGAGUCAUUCAGGUUUGGUUCCAGAAUCGCCGUAGUAAAGAACGACGUAUGAAACAAGUCAAUUCAUUCAGUGCUCGUCGUCAUUUUUUUCGCAAUAAUCGUCGUGCAAUGCGUCCAUUAAGGCCUGGUAUGACACCGGAUGGUCUUGAAGAUAGUCCAGAAAUGGCCAAUCAUAAUAAUGGUUUUGGUUAUUUUUCCGAUUCAAGUAAUCCAAGUGAAUUUCAAUUUAAUGGACCACCGCCUCCACCACCACCUCCUUCACAUUCAUCAUCUGGUUAUUUUGAUUUUUAUCCACAAGGUCAAGGUCCACCACCACCACCUCCUGGACCACCUUCAGAUGGUGUACCAAAUUCAAAUAACAAUGGUGGUCUACCAUUUCCAUCCGGACCAAAUAGUCAUCCGGCAUCAGUACCACCACCUACAUCUGCACCAAACAUGCAUGAACCAGGAUCAAACAUUCAUCAACCAGGAAUAAUAAAUCUUGGUGCUGAUGCUCCAUUCAUAUCUGGAAAUAGUUUAGGUCCAGAUUCAAUGAUAGCUGCCGGUGGUCAAUCAAGAAAUUCAGUAUCACCAAGUAGUAGUGUUGGUGGUGGUGAUGUUGGUUCAUUAAGUCUAUCAUCAAUGACACCAGAUACAUUUGGUCGACCAAAUUCAGCCAAUUCUGGUCCACCAACAUUUUCAACAAUGACUGAAACACCUGUAUGGUGAAGAAUUUAAUUUAUAGAAAAAAAUCAUCAUCAUCAACAAACCUAUCACUUUCAAAUCCUAAUAAACUUAAUGACAAUAAUUACUAUUUAAUGGAAAAAAAAUUAACUUUUUUUCUCAUUAUUCUUUGCUUUUUUCCCUCUUCUUCUUCUUCUUCUUAUUGUUGUUUCUUCUUCUAAUUGUAUUUGUUUUCAUCGUUAUCAUUAAAUCAUCAUCAUAACAUUUCUUCUCAUUAACAUAAUCCCUAUAUAUAUUGAUAUUAUUGAACAU